CACACAUGAUGCCUCUGGAUCCAAGUGCUCCUAAAGCGAAGGCCCUAAAGGUGGCUAUAUGUUCUGGUGACAUUGAAACACUUCGAUUUAUCCUCGAAGCUAACCCCAAUUUUGCUCGUAUACGCAUCGGCCACUUGCCAUCAGGCAUUCGUACGCCUCUUCACAUCUUAACAGACUACCCUGGACAUCUCCCACACAGAAUCCAAACAGCACGACUCUUAAUUGAGUACGGGGCUGAUAUCAACGCUUCAUUUGAGGGCCCGAUUCACAGCGAGACCCCAUUGCAUUGGGCUGCCAGCUGCAACGAUGUGGACUUGAUCAGAACGCUACUGGAUGCGGGAGCUGACAUCGAAGCCCCAGGAGGUGUUAUUGGCGGUGGAACCCCUUUGGCUGACGCUCGAGCGUUUCUUCAGAUCGAGGCAGCGCAUGAGUUGAUACGGCACGGAGCAUUCGUUGGAUUGCAAGAUGCGGCCACUUUAGGUCUGUUGGACCGUGUGCGGUCGUUCUAUAAAGGCGGUAUCGGUAAUGAAAAGAGCAGCAUGAGCCGGCUUGAUCCUGGGGGAAGAAGCGUGCUUGGACUCGAAUAAUGAUCAACCUUCUCGUGAGGAAACAGAUGCUGCCUUUUGGAACGCUUGCCACGGCGGCCAACUUGCAACCGCAAGGUUCUUGUAUGAAAAGGGGGCUGAUGUCAAUGCUAUACCAUCAUGGGAGGAGCUCACACCGUUACAAGCAGCUCAGCGCAGCAAAGCGGAAGAUGUGGUGGACUGGCUAGAAAAGAUCGGACACACAGCAAAGCCAUAACAUCAAAUAUGGUUGAGAUAUUUACGUUAUAUGAGGCUAUAACCUGAACAGAUAUGUCAAUGAAGACAAUCCAAUAGUACCAUUUUCAUGAACUAUGACAAGAGCCGUCAAGGUCCAUCCCU